CGGUCUUCGGAGGCUUGCACCUGCUGGGCACCACCGCUGCACUCGCGACCAGCGCUAGCAGUGCACACCUCUGAGGCUCCGGCAGGUGUCCUAGAACACUGAUGGCAAACUUCAAGGGCCACGCUCUCCCAGGGAGUUUCUUCCUGAUAUUUGGCCUGUGGUGGUCAGUGAAGUACCCACUCAAGUACUUUCACCAAAAGGAACUGAAGAAGAACAGACUCAGUCAGCAGCAACAGCGCAUUGAGAUCACUGAGGGCGCAAUCAAGACUGCAUUUGCGAUCAUUGGGAUCCUGGCAGAACAGUUUGUUCCAGAUGGGCCCCACCUCCACCUCUACAAUGAAAACCAUUGGAUGAAGCUCAUGAACUGGCAGCACAGCACCAUGUACCUCUUCUUUGGUGUCUCAGGAAUCGUCGACAUGCUCACCUACCUUUACUUCAACAUUGUGCCCUUGGGGCUAGACAGAGUGGUUUUGGCUAUGGCAGUAUUCAGUGAAGGUUUUCUCUUCUACUACCACGUUCACAACCGACCCCCUCUGGACCAACACAUUCACUCACUACUGCUGUUCGCUUUGUUUGGAGGGAGUAUCAGUAUCUCCCUAGAGGUGAUCUUUCGGGACAAUAUCGUGCUGGAACUUUUCCGAACCAGUCUCCUUAUUCUUCAGGGAACCUGGUUCUGGCAGAUUGGGUUUGUGUUGUUCCCUCCUUUUGGAACACCUGAAUGGGACCAGAAAGACAUGGACAACAUCAUGUUCAUUACCAUGUGUUUCUGCUGGCAUUAUCUGGUUGCCCUUUGCAUUACAGGCAUCAACUACUUUCUUGUUUACUGUUUUCUGACUCGGGUGAAGAGGCAUGCAGGAGGAGAAAUCAUAGGGAUUCAGAAGCUCAAGUCUGAUCCCACUUACCAGUCAGCCCUUUUGAGUGGCUCAGAUGAAGAGUAACAUCAAGCCAUGGUGGAAAAAUUCAUGUCUUUUGGGCCACAACGGCUGGAAUCAAUGUAGUUUGUCCCCCCCACUUGAAGGCUCGCCUUAGAGUGCUCCUAGGGUUCCUUAUGUUUGCACUCACCUAAUACAAAGCUGGAGGCUUGAAUACAGGAAAUUAGAUCUCGGGUGUUUUGUGUAUCAUGCUGUGUUAUUAGAAUAAUGGCAUUCAUACAGAAAAUGGACACCAUCCUUGUAGGGAAUCAGUUAGAGUCUGAAAGCCUAGAACAGGAAGUGACAACAUGGAUGAAGCAAACUAGAAUCUGAGGGGACGUCGUGCUGCUUCUGAUACUUGCCCUUUUCUCUCAAAGCAAACACAUACUUUCUUCUCAGAAAGGUUAUCAGGACUUAGCGAGUGCCCUGCCCUCAAUUCAGAGCCACAACUCUAACUUACAUAUUUUUUAAAUAACAAAACAACUCAUAAGUUUUGACAUUUUAAAUGUUAACCUGAAAUAUCCUCUAACUAAUCAGACCAGAAUUAGGUGAAAGGUAAUUUUCUUAAAGCAGAUACCUAGUUCACAGUGCAGCUAAGAAUCAGAACUUGGCAUGCUGAUUCCUCAAAAUUAUCCUGCCGAGGGAUCAUCAUACAGAGUCUGUAUAAUAAGACACAGAGAAAAAUAGAUUAUGGAAGGCCUUGAAUUUUAAUAUAGCUGAGGGCAAAGGACAUAGAUUUUGAAUUAGUAAUAUUGAGACGUGAUACUGACUGUUAAUUAUGGAUAUUUUGUGGGGGAUUUUGUGUUUAUUUUUUAACUUUCCUCAACAAGUAUUUAUUAAAAAUUCACUUUGUUCUAGUA